UACGUCCUACGCGUCAUGCAUUUAGUCAUGCAUAUUUUGUCACUGGAUGUGACUGGUUUUCCUGGCUCUAAUUUGAUCAUAGGCUGAUGGGCAUAUCAAAAUAAGCUUCCAAACAUCUUUAGAAAGACAUUCCAAUCACAUUUAUACCGUUAGCUAUUAAAUAAAAUUUAAAAUGGGGGUGUCCAAACAAAUAAUAAUGAAUUCAGCUCAUUCUCCUUUUUGAACACAGCAAAAUCGUAAUAAGAGAUAUUAUUGGGAUUAAUAAAUCUAAGAUUUUUUCAAUGAAUAAACAUGACCUAGAUCGAGAUAUCUAGAAUAUAUAACUUAUGAAUGAAAGAAAAAGUGCGGGCUGCUAAUUUGAAGCAAGAGACCAUGCCCACUGCAUGUGAUCAUGCAAGAUAAGCUGGCGGUGAGGAGAGGUAUACACUCAGCGUGUAGUGUCACAAACUAUCCAACAGGCAGUGGAGUUAAAAGAAAGACAGAGAAAAUACAACUGAGAAUGAUCUGCAUAGUCACUGUUUUCAUACUGACGGUUAUAACUUACUAUAUCUUUGACUACCUGUUGAGAAGACUAAAGGUUGGAGGAUAUCAUAACAGGCAUGUCCUAGUGACAGGGUGUGACUCAGGAUUUGGUCAAAGAACUGCCAUAAAACUUGACAAUCUCGGCUUUAAAGUAUUUGCUGGAUGUCUGACAGAAGAUGGAAAAAAGUACCUGUCACAGAACUGUUCCAAAAGUGUGGUGCCAUUUCUGUUAGAUGUUAGAAGUAAUGAAAGUAUUCAGUCAGCUCUGGGACUGGUCAAACAAAACUUACCUGAAAACGCAGGUCUCUGGGGUUUAGUCAACAAUGCAGGUAUACUGGUCACAGCAGCACCCACAGAACUUUGUACCAAGAGUGAAUAUCUAGCCAGCAUGGAUGUGAACUUGUUUGGUCUCAUAGAGAUGACACGGUCAUUUCUGCCUCUGAUUCGGAAAUGUCAAGGCCGUAUCAUCAAUACAUCAAGUUGUGCUGGACGCUUGGCAUGUCUGGUACCUGUAUAUACACUGUCAAAGUAUGGAGUUGAGGCUUACUCUGAUAUACUUAGAAGAGAGAUGUAUACUACAGGCAUCAAAGUCAGUAUAGUGGAGCCUGGGGGGUUCACAACACCAAUUAGUAGUGGGGAAAAAAUCCUAGAAAGUGUACAAAAGGCUUAUAACCAGGGUUCUGAAGAUGUACAAUCAGUUUACAAAGUUUUUGUGGAAAAUUUCUUCAAGCGAAUACUAAUAGUUCAAGGUUCAUCCAACCUUGACCUUGUGGUGGAUACCUAUAUUCAUGGAUUGACCUCUUGUUUCCCUAGAACAAGAUACACCCCAGGAAAUGAUAGCAAGUUUCUUUAUAUCCCUAUAUCUUACCUGCCAACAUGUCUUGCAGACUGGAUAUUGAAAUACAAUUUAAAAUAAUUCUAAAUUUAUAACUUUUUAAAAAGUUUUGUUCUUAAACAGUUACCAUCAUUUUUUGCAUGCUAAUUGUAAGCUCAACAUUUAUAUCACUCAUGAAUGUAUUCCAUAUUUACAUUUUAGAUAUGAAAAUAUGUUUACUAUUCAAAUAUCACAAUCUGUUUAGUAAUAUUCUCAAUAAUAGAUUGUUAAUACCAUCAUAGUGUUGAACUGUUUAGUUUUUAAAGUAUUUAUGUUGCUGUAUUUUUUAUGUUUUUAAUUUUUUUCUUGGAAGUUUAAGCUCAGCAAAUAUGUAAAAUGCAAAUAUAUUUUUUUUAUUACAAUCACUAUAUUUUCUGUAAAUUAUAUUAUCUUUUUUUGCAUUGACGUCCUAUGCAUUAUAGAUCACAAAACCUGAAAGGGAAUAUUUACUUUUUUUAUCUCUAUGUCUUUCCAUACAUAGAAAUGCGGAUGUUUCUUUUUCAUUACAAGUGUUAAAAAUGUAAUGUAAGAGUUGUCAGUAUCUUCAUACUUAAAUAUUGGCUUAUUUUAUUCAAUGUGACUUACUUUAUGCAUGACUCCAUUUGACCUUUGUUAUGGAUGACCCCUCAAUAUUAUUGUUUGUGAGAAAGUCCAUGAUUUUUCACAAGCUAUAGCUAAUUAAGUAGAAUUAAGCUAUAUAGUUUAUGUCCUAGUGUCAUUGUGGCUAGAACCCUGUAUGUUAACUGUGACUGUGUAUUCAAGUAGACGAGGACAGUUUGCAUGACCUAAGACAGCUUGACCUAAGACAUGAGGACUUUGUACUAGAAGCAGUUGAUGCUUUUAUAGAUGUAGCUUUUUGGUCUUGAUUUGCCUCAUACCUAAGGACUAGUUUUGUAUGUUGGAGUAAAUGUCUUGAAGUCCUGUACAUCUGCUAUGUAAUCAAGUGUACAUUUUUUUUUAAAUAUUGUUGAUUACUACUGGAAUUGAUUUACUAUUUUACAUUUAGCUUUUAUUUUAUGUUAUAUAUUUUAUGUUAUAUCCUAUGUAAAUAAACAAUUUAUGUUAUGUUCAAAGAAACACACCUUGGCAUCAGUUGUCAUUAGUUAAUUGCUAUGUUCCUGACAUAUUUGACAUAUUCUCUGUUGACAUUCCAUACGAGCAGAUUUCACUAGUUCCAAUAAAAUUUAGCUUCCAACAUAUGUCUUCUCAUGUUAGGAUAGCUUAUUGUAGGCAUCAUCUUUCUUGUGAUUCGGAUGAGAGCUUGUUCAUUUCUCAUUUAUUCUAUUCACUAUUAGUUUCUUCAUUUUGCUGUUGAUGUUGCGCUUUGAUAAGAAGAGGCCAAGUUAUUAAGGAUUU